CUCCGUCAUCUCACCUUUCCCUUCUGCAGGCCUUGCUCGGUGAGAGUUGUGGAGAAGAUGGUGUGGGGCCUCUUUAUUCUCUUUCUUUGAUUUCCAUUCCCGGUUCUCAGAGGCGGCUGUGACCUGAGGAAAGGAGGAAAUGGGUGCUGGGACCAGCACCGGCUUUUACUGAGUGGAGCGCUGGGGAGACAGGGAGGUUUAAUUGCAAGUCAUUGUUAAGAGAUGGUUCAAGAAAAUCUACCUCAUAAAUUCCGUUUGUUUGCCCAUAUGCUGCAUCACUGGAGAUCUCAACAGGAACUUGUCAGUUAUUUUUGAAAGUCUCAGGAAAACAUAUGGAUAUCAGGUCAAUGUAUUACACUCUAGGAAUGGUCAAAAUAUGAAGCAUUCUCAAUUCAGCAGGCCAAUGUAUUACCCAUAAGUGUGUUAAGAAAGCUUAAAAACAUUUCAAACAGUACUCUCGAUAGUUCUUAAUUAUUCAGGAAAUGGUAGCUUGAUCUCUUCUGAAAUCAAUUGACUUUCUCUAAUCUUGUCUUGGCGAUAUUAAAUGGAAUGCAAUCAUGUCUACUCAUGAAGGAAUACAGAUCAACACAGACUAUGCUGUCGCUUUGUUAGAACAGUUAAAAUCAUUCUAUGAACAGCAAUUGCUAACUGACAUUGUUUUAAUUGUCGAGGGCACUGAAUUCCCAUGUCAUAAGAUGGUUCUUGCAACAUGCAGCUCUUACUUCAGGGCAAUGUUUAUGAGCGGGUUGAGUGAAAGCAAGCAAACACAUAUUCAUCUGAGGAAUGUGGAUGCAGCCACUUUUCAGAUCAUAAUAACUUAUGCUUAUACGGGUAAUUUGGCAAUAAAUGACACAACUGUUGAACAGCUUUAUGAAACAGCUUGUUUCCUACAGGUCGAUGACGUGUUACAACAGUGUAGGGAAUAUUUAAUUAAAAAAAUUAAUGCUGAAAACUGUGUGCGGCUUUUGAGUUUUGCUGAUCUUUUUAGCUGUGAGGAGUUAAAACAGAGUGCUAAAAGAAUGGUAGAACACAAGUUUACAGUUGUAUAUCACCAAGAGGCUUUUAUGCAGCUCUCACAUGAUCUGUUGAUAGAUAUUUUGAGCAGUGACAAUUUAAAUGUGGAAAAAGAAGAGACAGUUCGUGAAGCUGCUAUGUUGUGGCUGGAGUAUAAUACAGAAUCUCGAUCACAGUAUUUGUCAUCAGUUCUUAGCCAAAUAAGAAUUGAUGCACUUUCUGAAGUUACACAACGAGCUUGGUUUCAAGGCUUACCACCAAAUGAUAAAUCAGUAGUGGUUCAAGGGUUGUAUAAAUCUAUGCCGAAGUUUUUUAAACCAAGACUUGGAAUGACUAAAGAGGAGAUGAUGAUCUUCAUUGAAGCUGCUGCUGAAGGUCCUGGUAAUAUUUACUCUUCAGUAUCUUACAGCCCACAGGCUGAAAAAGUUUAUAAACUCUGCAGUCCUCCUGCUGAUCUCCAUAAAGUUGGAACACUUGUAACUCCUGAUAAUGAUAUUUAUAUAGCAGGUGGGCAAAUCCCCCUGAAAAGUACAAAAAUCAACUACGGUAAAACUAGCAAAUUUCAAUUUGCUUUCCGUACUGUGAAUUGUUUUUACUGGUUUGAUGCCCAGCAAAAUACAUGGUUUCCAAAGAGUCCAAUGCUAUUUGUUCGUAUAAAGCCAUCUCUUGUUUUCUGUGAAGGCCUUAUCUAUGCAAUUGGUGGAGACAGUGUUGGUGGAGAACUCGACAGAAGAACUAUGGAAAGAUAUGAUACUGAGAAAGAUGAAUGGACCAUGGUAAGCCCUCUGCCCUGUGCUUGGCAGUGGAGUACAGCCGUUGCUGUUCAUAACUGCAUUUAUGUAAUGGCACACAACUUGAUGUACUGUUACUUCCCCAGAUCAGAUGCUUGGGUUGAAAUGGCUACAAGACAAACUAAUAGAUGCUUCGCUUCAGCUGCUGCUUUUGGGGAUAAAAUAUUUUAUAUUGGAGGCUUGCAUGUUGGUGGCAAUCUUAGUAUAGGAUUACGUCCUCGGACUAUAACUGGACCUUCCCUAGCAGUGGAAGUUUAUGAUGUGAAUAAAAAUGAAUGGCAAAUGGCAGCCAAAAUUCCUGCCAAGCGAUAUUCUGAUCCCUGUGUCAGAGCUGUUGUGAUUUCUAACUCAAUGUGUAUCUUUGUACGAGAAACACAUAUGCAUGAAAGAGCCAAGUAUGCCACCUACCAAUAUGACAUGGAACUUGAUCGUUGGUUCUUGCGACAGGAUAUAUCUGAGCGGGUACUCUGGGAUUUGGGAAAAGAUUUCCAAUGCACUGUGGGAAAACUCUAUCCAUCUUGUCUUGAAGAGUCCACAUGGAAACCUCCAUCAUACCUAGUUUUUCCUUAUACAGAUGAUGAGUUUGAAAUUGAGGAUGAUGUUCCACUGCCACUUGUAUAGCUCCCUUAUUCAGAGACUGCAUGCCUGUAACCAAUUAUGAACAUUGUAUUUGAGAGACUAGAGCUGCAAAAUGAAAUGUUGUCUUGUAUGUAUGCCCUAAUUUUUUUGUGGCCAUUGAGUGUAAAUCAGUAAAAAUUCUUACUAGA